AUGUGGAAGCUAAUCUGUGGCAUGCUGUUCAUCACUUCCGGCUGCAACGCGGGACCAGUUGUGAAUCAGGUGCGUUUCGGAAUCUGUUUUAGUUUCCGAUUUGCAGACAACUUCCGCUGUGUCUCUGCUCCUUUAACGGGCACCUUAACGCUGCCCAGCAAUGCGACCUCGAUUCGGGCUGAUAUCACGGAUAAUUUCUCGUGUGCAAAUAAAUCUUAUGGUUAUUAUGCGGAUGUGGAAAAUGAUUGCCAGAUCUUUCACGUCUGUCUGCCGGUGACUUAUGCGGAUGGCAAAGAGAACACCUUCCGCUGGAGCUUCAUCUGUCCCGAGGAGACGAUUUUUAGUCAGGAAUCCUUCACCUGCAUGCGACGAGAGGAUAUGGGCAUUGAGUGCGAGGAUAGCUAUCGUUAUUACGAGCUAAAUGCCAAUUUUGGGCUGCCUGUGGAGGAGCAGGAGCAGGAGCAACAGAAGCAACCAGCUGCUGUCAUGGAGAGUGAGUCAAUGGAUCAGGAUAGUGAAGCAUCCGCCCCAGCUGAGCAGGCUGUGGAGCCAGCUGAGCCAGUUGCAGUUGCUCCUGCUGCUGCUGUUGCUCCACCUGUCAAGGUGCAGAAACCCAAACCAAAACCCAAUCGCCGCAAGCCCGCCCUCAGCUACAACAAGCCACCGAGGAAGGCGGCAGCAGCCAUAGCAGCGCCUGCUCCAAUUGAGACAACUGUAGAAGUUGCUAGCAAUCCCAUGAAGCCAGUGAAGCCCACAAUGAAGCCACAACGCUUCAGCAGUCGUCCCAGCCAGGCAAAGCCACAAGAAACGUUAAAGACUCCCGUUAAUCCUGCAACGCCACAACGCAACGAGCUCUUCAAUUCGAUACGCAAACGUCCAGCAAUCUUCAACAAGAAACCCAACCAGGAGAGCGAACAAGGAGUAACUGAAGCCAUUGUCCAGGCGGAGCUGAGUGAACCACAACCCACGCUCAAAUUGCAGACAAUGUUUGUGAAUCCAACACUGGUUAAAGUUGAGCAGGAGCCAGAAGCUCAGGCUUCAGACGUGGCUGAGACUAUAGCUGAGCUGGAAAAGGAGCAGCCAGAGGAAGUCAUCAAGAAAGUGGAGGAAAUGAAACCAUUGGAAGCCAUGCCAGAAAUACCCGCUGUAAUACUGGAAACGCUGGAGGAGAAGCCCCAAGAGAUAGAGCAAGUGGAGCAAGUGGAGAACAGCCAAUCAGCUGUGAUGGAGUCUGAACCAGAACCAGCUAUAAUAGAACCCGGUAACAGCUCCAAUGAGGAGCAAUCUGCCAGCAAUAUAGAAGCACUCGAAGCAGCCAAGCCAGCAGAUGCACCUGUGAGUCUACCCUCAACGCCAGAGAUGACACAAACCAAUCCUCUAGUGGAACAGAUGCUCGACAGCAGCAGCAGCAGCAGCAAUAGUAAUGAAGUCCCAGAAUCCCUUGGUGGCUUCAAGCCCGUCGAUCCACACAUGGCGGCCGAGGCGGAGCAGCUAAUCACUGAUUUCUUAAACACGCUGCGCAAUCACGAACAGCAACCAGAGAAGAAGCUGCAGACGGAGAUGGACAUGGCUGAGGUCCAGCAGGAGCAACAACAACAACAACAAUCAAUCCCAAACGAAACGGAAGCCGAUGCUGUUUCCAUUGAGGAAGCCAAGCUGCCCGAACCGGAAAUUGUGGAUAAGGAUGCAUCUGUGGAGGAGCAGGUGCUGAAAACGGAGGCAAAGCUGAAGCUGACUCAGGAUUCACAGGAUGCGCAGGAUUCGCCCAUCAUUCAGAUUAUGCAAUUGAAUCAUUUGCCAGCCGACUAUCAAAUACCGGUGCAGGUGCUCAGCCAGGAGACGAAGCCGAUGGAGGAGUCGCCCAAACAAGAUGAUGAUGCUGGACAGGAGCAUCAGGAGGAGAGUCUGGCAACAGCUGCUUAUAUGCCACCGAUCAGCAUCGAUGACAUUGUGGAGUUGGUCAAGGAGCGUUUGGAUCAGAAUCCCAAAGGUGAACAGCUGACGCCAAUGGAACUGGUGCUGACACCAGGUGCAGCAGCGCCAAUGGCACUGAUAGAGAGCAACAAGGAUAUUAAGCAGGAGGCUGAGCAGGAGUCGGAGCAGGAGAAGAUGCCUGAGUCGGAGGCGGAAUUGGAUGUGAAACCUGCGGCAGUUGCAGCUGAGGAACCGGAACAGGAGGAACUCAUUCUGCCCAUUUAUAAGCGAGUGCAGGCAGCUGAACCGGCGAAGGAGGAGAUGGAUGCUGCUCCAGCUGUUCCCGCCGCAAUUGCUACUGCUGCUCAAGCUGCUCAAGCUGCUCCAUCAGCUGAUUUAGCUCUUUCUGCUGAUUUGGCUAUUUCAUCUCCUUCAGCUCCAGCUGUUAAUCCAGUUGCACCUUCAGCUUUAGCUGCUCCAUCAGAUCCUUCAUCUUCCGCUGCUCCUUCAGCUCCAUCAUCUGCCUCAUCACCGUCAGCUCCCUCAACUGCUCCCUCAUCUCCACCAGCUGCCUCUCUGCCCGAGUUGCGUCAAUCCAAAUCCCAUUCGAGCAUGGAUGCACGCAAGCGUCGUUUUCUGUUUCGCGCCGAUGCCAGCUAG